AGAAAGCUCUAGGAGCAUGCGCGACGUCUCGACGUUUCUCCUUACUUCCGGAGCAGCUUACACUUCGCGCGGUUCUUGCUUGGGGUUCUUGCUGUGGAUUCUCUAGGAGUCCACGUUUUAUGCCCAUAGUAGUUGCAAGGAGAACAGGAUGGCAGAGGAAGCUGGGGAUGAAAAGAAACUGGUGGCCAAGUUUGAACUGGAGAGGGAAACAGAGCUCCGCUUUGAGGUUGAAGCCUCACAAAUUGUCCAGCUGGAGCUCCUGACAGGCAUGGCUGAGAUCUUUGGAACUGAACUGACACGCAACAAGAAAUUCACCUUUGAUGCUGGUGCUAAAGUGGCUGUCUUCACUUGGCAUGGCUGCUCAGUGCAGCUGACUGGCCGGACUGAAGUGGCCUAUGUGUCCAAAGACACCCCCAUGCUGCUGUACCUCAACACUCAUACAGCCCUGGAGCAGAUGCGGUGGCAGGCUGAACGUGAAGAUGAACGGGGACCUCGGGUCAUGGUGGUGGGCCCCACAGAUGUAGGCAAGUCAACUGUUUGCCGCCUGCUACUGAAUUAUGCUGUGCGCUUAGGGCGCCGACCCACUUUUGUAGAGCUAGAUGUAGGCCAGGGCUCAAUCUCGAUCCCAGGCACUAUGGGGGCUCUCUACAUUGAGCGUCCUGCAGAUGUUGAAGAAGGCUUCUCAGUUCAAGCCCCCCUGGUGUAUCACUUUGGGUCCACCACACCUGGUACUAACAUCAAGCUCUAUAAUAAGAUCACAUCCCGCUUGGCAGAUGUCUUCAAUCAGCGCUGUGAGGUUAACCGUCGGGCUUCAGUCAGUGGCUGUGUCAUCAAUACCUGUGGAUGGGUGAAGGGAUCUGGGUACCAGGCACUUGUACAUGCUGCUUCAGCCUUUGAAGUUGAUGUUGUAGUAGUGCUGGACCAGGAGCGCCUUUACAAUGAACUGAAGCGGGAUCUGCCUCACUUUGUUCGAACAGUACUGCUCCCCAAGUCAGGUGGAGUGGUGGAGCGUUCCAAGGACUUCCGACGGGAGUUCCGUGAUGAACGUAUACGUGAAUACUUCUAUGGUUUCCGAGGAUGCUUCUAUCCACAUGCCUUUGAUGUCAAGUUCUCAGAUGUCAAGAUAUACAAGGUGGGAGCUCCCACCAUCCCUGACUCAUGUUUGCCUCUGGGCAUGUCACAAGAAGAUAACCAGCUCAAGCUGGUACCAGUCACACCUGGACGUGACAUGGUACACCAUUUGUUAAGUGUUAGUACUGCUGAUGGCACUGAUGAGAACAUCUCUGAGACUAGUGUGGCUGGUUUCAUUGUAGUCACUGGAGUGGAUCUGGAGCGGCAGGUCUUCACAGUGCUUUCACCAGCACCUCGUCCUUUGCCCAAGAAUUUCCUGCUCAUCAUGGACAUUCGUUUCAUGGAUCUUAAGUAAAUUGACAUCCUUAUAGAUAAAACCAUUAAGAUCAUGACUGGAAUAGCAUUACCACAUAGACAGGAAGUGAUAAUGAAAGGAAUCCUCAUAAGCGAAGAGCACAAUUUGAACAAUUUUGAAAUAGUCCUGUAGAACAGGGGUGGCCAACGGUAGCUCUCCAGAUGGUUUUUGCCUACAGCUCCCAUCAGCCCCAGCCACUGGCCAUGCUGGCUGGGGCUGAUGGGAGUUGUAGGCAAAAAAAAAAACAUCUGGAGAGCUACCAUUGGCCACCCCUGCUGUAGAAAGAACCACUGAGUAGAAUGGUAAGAGGUUGAAACUGGGAAUAUUUGUGGCUUUGUAUUUAUGAACUACCAUAAAAGAGAAAAGAGGUGUGUACAAACAUUAGCUAGCUUACGUUCUUCCUUUGGUCAACUUUCUUCCUCUUGAGUUUUCAGGCUCUGAAAGUGGAAUCCUUUCUUAUACUGUCAUUGUCUCAUCUCAGUGUGGUUAUCUUGUUGAGAGGGCAAGAUCUUUUAUAUAUUUUUAAAUGCCAAUAAAUUCCUAAAAUGUUGCUUUUCUGA